CUGUAAUAUAUAUUUCUUUUGUUUUUUUUAUUGAAAGCACAUUUCAGAUAGAUUGCCCAUAUGGAAUCUGGAUAAAUGUAUCCGAAAAUGGUUCACAAUUAUGCAUACAAAAGUUGGUAUUGGAGCACAACCAUGUCGUUGACAAAGAAUUAUUUAACAAUCUGCCAAAAAGAAGAAAAUUAAAUUCCGAUGAAAAAGAAGAUGUUUGUCGUCUUUUGAGUAUGCACGGAAGCAAGUGGCUUAUUAAAGAUCAAGUUAUGAAGGAAACAGGUAAAAAAGUUACUCUAAAAGAUCUUCAUAACUUAGCUGCAAAACAGAAAGGUACCACAGAUUUAAAAUCACUAUUUGCAGUCUUUCAAGAAUGUAAUGGACCAGAUCUUGAACUAAGAACAGAUGAAAAUGGUAUUGUAACUGGAAUAUUUUUUCAAGACUAUGAAAUGAAGCGAUUUUUUAGUUUAUAUCCAGAGUUACUUUUGGUUGAUGCAACUUAUAAACUUACUAAUUUGAGAAUGCCCUUAUACCUUCUUCUUGUAGUCGGACCAAAUGGCGAAAGCGAAAUUGCAGCUAUAUUUUUAACUGCAUCAGAAGACUGUGUUUCACUUUCAGCUAUGUUUGAAAUAUUCAAGGAAAAAAAUAUAAACUGGAGUAAGAUAUCAUCUGUUUUUACUGACAAAGACAUGACAGAGCGUGAAUGCAUUAAGCAUGCAUUUCCACAAAUUAAUUUAUUGUUGUGUAUAUUUCAUGUUUUGCGUUGUAUGAGCAGAGAAAUAACAACAUCAAAAACGAAUAUAUCUGAAGCUCAAAGACUGGUUGCUUUAAAAGCUCUACGAAAAAUGACAUAUGCAACUACUGAGAAAGAGUAUGAGAAGUUGCGUGAUGAGUUUCACAAAGUUAUGCAACCACCUAUUGUUAAAUAUGUUGAAGUUAAUUGGCAUGCUUGUAGGUUCGAGUGGGUGCGUUGUUGGCAGCAACAAAAUAUUACUUUUGGAGAAUGCACUACUAAUCGUCUUGAAUCUAUCAAUCGAAGAAUUAAAGCUGUUGUUUCUUUGUUGAGUCCUUUACCUAUAUUUUUCAAAGAUUUGCUUACUGUAAUAGCCUGCAUGCGACAAGAAAGAGACCAUAAAUAUAUAACUAGUACAGAACGAGUUCCUGUUAGUGCAGUUGCAAGUUUUCAAUAUGAACGAGAUUAUAAAGAUAUACUAACGCCGUUUGCUUUGUCUUUUGUUAAAUCUCAGCUCAAUGAAUCUGUCAGCAUAGAUUGGGACUUAGCAAAUGAAAUUAUACAAACUUCUGGAAAAAGUGAAACACGAUCUGAGAACACCUGCGAUUGUUUAUUUACAAAGUCGAUGGGUUUGCCAUGCAAACACAUGUUUGCAGCUAGAAGAGCAAAAAAACUACAAAUGUUCUCUGAAAAUUGCAUUGCUCCUAGAUGGUUUAAGGAAACAGUGCAGAAAAAUCAUCGCGUUUUUCUAACAAAGGAGCAACAUGAUAGCCAUAUAAAAUUUGCUAAGCUAAAGGAUAAACCCUUGACCCACAUAGAAAAGUACCGUCGUGCUAAUCGACUUGUACAGCAUCUAUCUGAUUUAGCAGCAGAAGGUUGA